CAAACUACUUAUAUAUAUAUAAAGAAAAAACAUCACAUAAAAAGAUACAAAUGAAAAAACACAAAAACUAGCAAACCAAACUUGACAUUAUAGAAUAUAUAAACCACUCUAUUAUGGUAAGAAAGUGCUACAAGUUAUAUUAUAUAUCUCAUCCACGUCUCUUACCAAGUCAUCACCAACCACUUUUCUCUUCCAUCAACCAAACCUCAAAAUCAAGCCAUGUUUAGAUCCAAUAGUACUCGAAGAGGCCAUGAAAAAUAUGAGAAAUUAGAUAAAGAGUUUGGUGAAAAUAAUAAUGGGAUUUCAAAUGAAGAGUACUUGAAGAGAAGUGCAAGCGUCCCUUCAGGGCCAUCAAAUACUAAGGCAAAAAUGGCUAUGGCUUCAAACUUUGUGGAUAUUAAUCUACAAAGAAACCCUACAAAGAAAGGUAGUGAUCAUAAGGAAAAGAGUAGUGUUCACCCACUUUUGAAUUUCUUUGAUUUUAGAAGGAAGAAGAAGAAAGCAACAUCUAAGCCUGAAUUUGCUAGAUAUGUUGAGUAUAUGAAGGAAGGAGGCACGUGGGAUUCUGAAUCAAAUAAGCCUGUAAUUUAUUAUAAAUGAUGUGGAUUCAUCAAGUUUGAUUAAUGUUGGUGAUAUUUCUUGUAAAAAAUUUAGAGUUUCAAUUUCAUAUAUCUAGUUAAUUUGCAUAAGAGGGUGUAGUCAUGUAGAUCAAAGUUGAUAUAAAUGAUUUUUUUUAAAUUUGAAAUUGUAUCAUUUUUUUCAAAUAUUUCUCUUUAAAUAAUAACUCCUCCAGUGAUUUAAUUCUUUCUUCUAUAUUUUCUU